AACGACAGCCAUCGACCGACAAACCAAGUCAUCUCGACAACACCGUAACCAAGUGCAAUUCAGUUCGAAUUCAAUCCAUAAACAGUUCCAAUUAUCCCGUGAAAAUGUCCGCAGUUGACAAAUACGACAUGUACACCUUCGACUACGACAAACACAUGUUCUCCGGUCACAGUGGUAAGCAGAGAUCUAAGAAGGAGGUCAGCGAGCACACGAACCACUUCGACCCCAGCGGACACUCCAGAAAGAUCGUCACCAAAUUGAUGAACACCGAGAACAACAAGAAAUUAGAUCUGAAGGCGAAACAAUGAGCACAGCACAGCCGUGAGGUUUCCUACUGCAACAACAACAAAAAAAAGACUCAAAAACAAAACAAAAAAAAUACAUAAAUACCCUCUCAGUAAAAAAAAACGUAAUAAAAAUGUAUCUUCGGAGAUGAACGUUGCAUAUACUUGAAUUUUAAUUGCUUAAAUCGUUUGCAGAUUAUUCUUCUUCUUACGCACGAGCGUUUAGUUCAGUUUCAUUUUUUUGUUUCUUGUUGUUUCCAUAUCUCCUUCAUUGUUGCUAAUAUUUGUUCGAGGCGCAAUAAACUGGAUUGGAUAUGUAUAAAAAUA